AUGCACCACCAGAGCCAGAGUAAUGCGCCGAUGUCCCGACAGAAUCUUGUGCAGGACACAGACCUUGCCUUGAAGCUCGACGCUGCCCAUAUUGCCUUCUCAUCCUACGACAACAAUCACUACAACAUCUUUCCCUUCGCUCCGACUGGAAGCUUGACCCAGAUUUGGAACCCGAACGUGUACAUCAGCGGACAUGCCGCAGAGCCACCGAACCCUCUAGGAUCAAGAUCCCCCGACCUGCUCCUGAUGGAGGACAGGCUAUCGUCCUCGUCCACGACAAUGGGAAACUUGGAGGAUCCCAUGGCAGACCUGACUCCCAUGGGUCUAACAUGGAAGCUGCCUCCUGAAAAUCCCUCAGAGACGAAGGACGACAGGAGGAGGAAGAGCUGUCUAGCGCGUGGCAGAUUUCUGCAGGACGGGACCGUGAGGAAGCGCGUGCGGUUCGAGGACGUGCAGCAUCCCCCCAACACGGAGUGUAAGAUCUGUAACCUCAAGUACGAUCUGAGCCAGGACGAUGACAGCGAGUUCUCACUGGGCCCAGGAGAUCCCUUCGAAGUGAGUAAAAAGUGCAAGCGGUCAUGA